CGCGCGCGGGAAGAACGCUGGAAUGCUCGGCGCAUCUCGCACCACCAGGAGGAACACGGCGUCGAGAUGAGCGGUCGCGGCGACGGCGACAAGGAAGCUUUCUUCCACUGCCUGGAUCGCGUGCCGUCCGGCCUGCACCUCGACGCCGACUUCCCCUCCGACGAUGACGACGACGACGACGACGACGACGACGUCCGCGUCUCCUUCGCCUCCGCCAUGGGCGACCAGAGCUUCCAGAGCUUCCGCAAGUACCAGGCGCCCGUGCUGGAGGAGGAGGACGAGGACGAGGAGGAGGAGGAGGCGGAGGACCCGUCCAAGUACGACAUGUGGAUGUCCGACGAGCCCAUGUCCAUCCAGGAGCGCCGCCGCCGCCUGCACCAGGGGCUCGGGAUGGCCAGCAGCCGGGACCUCGCGCUGCGCCGGCAUAGCAUGAAGAAGCGCCCCGCCGAUGUGCCCCGGAGCUUGUCGCGGAGCGUGUCCAGGCAACCGCCGCGGCCAUCGCCAUCGCCGCCCCCGCCCGCCGCCUCGGCCCCCAAUGCCGCCGUCGUGAGCACCGCGGCGCAAGCGGUGGCCGCCGCGCCGCCGAACAGUAAGAAGGCCAUCACGAGGCGCCGCUCAGACAGCAACCUCGUCGUCGUGCGAGACGGCGCGUCGGUCUCGGGGAAGCCACCGUCGCAGCCUCUGCGUCGUGUCCGUUCCUUGCCGGCUCGGCCCGACGCCGGCGACAGCACAGCGGCCCUCGAGAAGCCUCAAGCUGCGGCUUCACGUGAGCUGCCGCCCGUCGUGCCACUGCCGGCAGGCCCAGCGGAUAAAGGCCGCAAAGGCGACGGCGACGGCGACGGCAAGAAAGCCGACGAGGGGGCCAAGAAUCAGGACAGCGAUGAGAAGGAGGCUGCCGUCGUCGUCGCCGCCACACCCAAGGACGUUCCGUCGAGCACCCAGUCCGGCGUGCUGGGGCUAGAGGAGUUCGAGAAGUUCAUCGGCAACACCCCCAUCAUGAAGCUGAUGCGCCGCGGCACGAGCCAGCACCAGCCCGCGCCGCCGGCCGCCGGAGUGCCGCCCAAGGCCGAGAAAGCGGCGGGCAGCAAGAAGAAGGGCGGCUGGCUCAAGAACAUCAAGUCCGUGGCCAUCGGCUUCAUCCAGGACAAGGACACGGCCGCCAAGUCGGGCGCGUCCACGGCGGCAGCCGUGCCCAAGUCGGUCUCCACCAAUGCCUCCGCCGGGGCCGGGGCCCCGCCGCCGGCGUCCUCGUCGGAGCGGCUUAAGGUGCACCAGUCCGGCAAGUCGAGCAAGGAGCUCACCGGGCUGUACAUGUGCCAGGAGAUCCAGGCGCACGAGGGGUCCAUCUGGAGCAUCAAGUUCAGCGCGGACGGGCGGCGGCUGGCGAGCGCCGGCGAGGACAGCGUGGUGCGCGUGUGGCAGGUGGUGGAGACCAACGCGCCGCCGAGCUCGCUGGCGCUGGACGGCAGCGGCAAGUCAGGCCCGCUGGCCCCGCUGCCGCCCCCUGCGGCGACCGACGGGUCGUCGACGCCGGCGCUGGCACAGAUGUCCAAGAAGUCGACCAAGGGGAAGAGCGGCAGGGACACGCUCCCCGAGCACCUCGUCAUCCCGGACAAGGUGUUCGCGCUCGCCGAGCAGCCGGCGUGCGUCCUGGAGGGACACAAGGACGACGUGCUGGACCUCACCUGGUCCAAGUCCGAUCAGCUGCUGUCGUCGUCCAUGGACAAGACGGUGCGGCUGUGGGACACGGAGAGCAAGGCGUGCCUCAAGACGUUUGCCCACAGCGACUACGUGACUUGCAUCCAGUUCAACCCGGUGGACGACCGGUACUUCAUCAGCGGGUCGCUGGACGCCAAGGUGCGCCUAUGGAGCAUCCCCGACCGGCAGGUCGUCGACUGGACUGACCUCAACGAGAUGGUCACCGCCGCCUCCUACACCCCUGACGGCCAGGGUGCCAUCAUCGGCUCGCACAAAGGGAGCUGCCGGUUGUACAAGACAACAGACUGCAAGCUUAGCGCGGAGGCGCAGAUCGAUAUCCAGAACAAGAAGCGCAAGGCGCAAGCAAAGAAGAUUACCGGAUUCCAGUUUGCUCCGGGGAACCCUGCCGAGGUACUAGUCACCUCUGCCGACUCGCAGAUCCGCGUCUUCGAUAACGUGACCAUGGUUCAAAAGUUCAGGGGUUUCAAGAACACGAGCAGCCAGAUCGCGGCGGCCUACACGUCGGACGGGCGGUACGCGUUGUGCGCGAGCGAGGACUCGCACGUGUACCUGUGGCGGACCACCCGCGUGGCGCCGGCGCCGGCCAUCGGCAUCGGCAUCAAGCCCAAGACCUGGUGCACCAUCCGCUCCUACGAGAACUUCUACUGCAAGGACGUCUCCGCCGCCGUCCCCUGGACGCAGAACGCGCCGUCCCCGCCCGGCGCCGGCGACGGCAGCCCCUCCGCCCGCAGCCCGCAGGGCGUGGUCUGCAACGAGGAGUCCUGCAGCGUCGCCGCCAAGCCGGAGGGCGGCGGGGACCCGGCCGAGCCCAGCAAGCCGGGCGGCGGCGGCGGCAAGGGCGACGGCGGCAACGCGUGGGGGCUGGUGGUGGUGACGGCGAGCUUGGGCGGGGAGAUCAGGGUGUACCAGAACUUUGGGAUGCCAUUCAGGAUCAAAGGCCAGGGCAACCUCUUCUACUGAUCAUCACUUUGAUCGUUGCUGCCGGAGGAUCAACCAUCUGCGCGCCAACAGCAUCCUUUUUGGCCAUUGCUGACUUGUAAACUUGAGUCGAUUUCGUGUACACAUGUAACAUGUUCAUCGAGCAGAGGAGAGGUGCCAUUGUUUGUUUCGAGAUUGCGUGUUGUAUGUAGCUACUAGGCAGUGCCACCCCAAUGGUGGGCAUGUAGAAUCGUAGAUGCAUCUCUGCUAAAGUGAAGUGAGAUCGGAUUUGUAUUUGUACCAAAAUUUGCCAAAUCAAACGAAAAGGUCACAAAUCUGUAAUUCCAGAAUU